CGCCGCCACCUCGCCGCCUCAGCCUGGCGGGGAGGAGGAGGAGGAGGAGCACCAGGCCUCCGGGCCCCGGCACCGCCGCCCUCAGGACAUUUCUGAUUCACUUGCAUCCUUGAAGAGCAUCUGUAGAAGAGGAAGGAAAAGAUGGGUGUGAAAACAUUUACUCAUAGCUCCUCUUCCCACAGCCAGGAAAUGCUUGGAAAGCUAAAUAUGCUGCGAAAUGAUGGACAUUUUUGUGAUAUCACUAUUCGUGUCCAGGACAAAAUCUUCCGGGCACAUAAGGUGGUACUAGCAGCUUGCAGUGAUUUCUUUCGCACCAAACUUGUAGGCCAAGCAGAGGAUGAGAACAAGAAUGUGUUGGAUUUGCAUCAUGUUACAGUGACUGGCUUUAUACCCCUUUUAGAAUAUGCUUACACAGCCACUCUGUCAAUUAACACAGAAAAUAUCAUUGAUGUUCUAGCUGCAGCCAGCUAUAUGCAAAUGUUUAGUGUUGCUAGCACCUGCUCAGAGUUCAUGAAAUCAAGCAUUUUAUGGAAUACACCCAACAGCCAACCAGAAAAGGGUCUAGAUGCUGGACAAGAAAAUAACUCUAACUGCAAUUUUACUUCUCGAGAUGGAAGUAUUUCGCCGGUGUCUUCAGAGUGCAGUGUGGUAGAAAGAACCAUUCCUGUCUGCCGAGAGUCCCGGAGAAAGCGCAAAAGCUACAUUGUUAUGUCUCCUGAAAGUCCUGUAAAGUGUAGCACACAAACAAGUUCUCCCCAGGUAUUGAAUUCUUCAGCUUCCUACUCAGAAAAUAGAAAUCAGCCAGUUGACUCUUCUUUAGCUUUUCCGUGGACUUUUCCUUUUGGAAUUGAUCGAAGGAUUCAGCCUGAUAAGGUUAAGCAGGCAGAAAACACCAGGACUUUAGAGUUACCUGGCCCAUCUGAGACAGGGCGAAGAAUGACUGAUUAUGUGACUUGUGAGAGCACAAAAACUACCUUGCCUUUGGGUAGUGAAGAAGAUGUCCGGGUCAAAGUAGAAAGGUUAAGUGAUGAGGAGGUCCAUGAGGAAGUGUCUCAGCCUGUCAGUGCAUCUCAGAGUUCACUGAGUGAUCAACAGACAGUGCCAGGAAGUGAACAAGUCCAAGAAGACCUUCUGAUUAGUCCACAGUCUUCCUCUAUAGGCUCAGUAGAUGAAGGUGUCACUGAAGGGUUACCUACACUUCAAAGCACUUCUAGCACUAAUGCUCAUGCAGAUGAUGAUGAUCGAUUGGAAAAUGUUCAGUAUCCCUACCAACUCUACAUUGCUCCUUCUACCAGCAGUACAGAACGACCAAGUCCAAAUGGUCCAGAUAGACCUUUUCAGUGUCCAACUUGUGGGGUACGAUUCACCCGUAUUCAGAACUUAAAACAGCACAUGCUCAUCCACUCAGGAAUUAAACCAUUUCAGUGUGACCGCUGUGGGAAAAAGUUCACCAGGGCUUACUCGCUAAAGAUGCAUCGCCUAAAGCAUGAAGGUAAACGCUGUUUCCGGUGCCAGAUAUGUAGUGCCACUUUCACUUCCUUCGGGGAAUAUAAACACCACAUGAGGGUUUCCCGGCACAUUAUCCGCAAGCCUCGGAUUUACGAGUGCAAAACAUGUGGCGCCAUGUUCACCAACUCUGGAAAUUUAAUCGUGCACCUGAGGAGUCUGAACCAUGAAGCGUCAGAGCUAGCAAACUACUUCCAGAGCAGUGAUUUCCUAGUACCGGACUACUUAAACCAGGAGCAAGAAGAGACCCUUGUUCAGUAUGAUCUUGGAGAACACAGUUUUGAAAGCAACUCCUCUGUUCAAAUGCCUGUAAUUUCGCAGGUCUCCUCGACCCAGAAUUGUGAAAGCACUUUCCCCUUGGGGUCUCUUGGUGGGCUGGCAGAAAAAGAGGAAGAAAUGCCAGAGCAGCCAAAGACCAGUGCUUGUACUGAGGCAACCAGAGAUGACCCCCCAAAAUCAGAGCUGUCUUCUAUAACCAUUGAAUAAUUUCAUGGUUUGGCUUCAUUUUUGGUUUUUGGAAAGUGCCUGUGCUUGGUCUUGUACUUUUAAAUUUAAUUUAAUUUUUUAAACAAAAAAGAGUUUGGGAAAGAAUUUCCCUUUUUACUUUGUAAGCCCCGCAACUGACGUUUUAUUUUUCGUUUUAUUUUUCAUGACUGAGAGAUUGCUUCUGUAAGUGCACAAUAACAUGAUGAUGAAACAUAAUUGAAACUGAGACUUAAGGAGAUACAGUAGACUUAAGGCCUCUAUCAGUUUCUUCUCCAUUAUUAAAAGUGGGCUAAUGAGAUCAUGAGGUAAACAAUAAUUCAGAUGAUUGUUGACCUUCCUGAGAUGAAAGGGUACAACCAGAAACAAAUUACUAAACAUAAUUUGACAGGUAGCCUGAGUAGAUAUUUGCUCUUUAUGCACAAGAUGUUGUACAAUAUUUUGUAAAGCCUGUUGGUUUUGGAAAUAUUUACGGUAAGCUUUCUUAAAAAUUAUUAGGGUAAAUGCUUCUGAAAUCCAAUGUACUCUUUUUUUUUCCUUUUUUUUAAGCUUUGUCAUUUCUGUUAUUUUUCACGGUAAAAAUUUCGUGUUGGGAGAGGCAGUCCCUGAACUUUUUUUUAGUACCACUCCAAAUAAUCUUUCUUCUAUGAAGUUGGAGAACCAUGAUUGAGAAUAGUCAGGCUGUGCAUGAAAUGACCAGGAGUGGGAAAUGAAGUAUACAUAAAUCUCAGCUUUAUAGGAACUCUUUUAAUACUGCUUUUCUGACUAAAAUUGAUGUUUACCUGGUCUCUGAAUGUUAGUGCCUGGCUAAUUAGGUCAUUGCCUAAAUCAUUUUCCUCUUGCCCCAUGAACAGUACUUCCUCUUGCAUAUACUGGCAUGAUAUCAUAUAAGGGAAAAAUAUUGGAGAUACUCUAUAUUUUAUAUAUAGGCUUAUGUAAUCUUGGGGAUGUUUCUAUUGUGCUGAUUUGGACAAAAUAAAAGAAUUCUCUGUUAAGGCUACGUUCUUAACCCAAUUAAGAUUGUUUACAAAAUUCCUUAUGUCAGUGAUACUUUGUUUUUUGUUCCCAAAAUAUUUUUAGACAUUGCCAAGUUUAUUAAAAGGGUUAGUGUAGGUUUUACACAAUGUAAGCAAUAAUGUAAAAGAUAAGAAGAGGCUUUAAAUUAAUGAUCUAUGACUCAUUAAUCUGGGGGGGAAUCGUUAAGACUAAAACUAAAACCUUAAAUUAAUAUCACUUAUUUUGCUGCUAAAAAAAUGAAACUUCCUGUUUAUAGUUGAAAUUUAUGUGAUAUUCUAGACUGGAGUAUACUUUUCAUCUAGUGCCAUUAAAGCAUCACUGACCUUGAUCCUAAAUAUUCAUGAGUCCAUAGACAAUGAACUUCUGAAUAACUUUUUUCUGUGUUUAUUCUCAAACUUUAAUAAUUAUAAGAACACCUGAUUAAAUUAGAAAAAGAAACUAAAUACAGUUUUUUAUUCAAAACUGAAUAAAAGUUCUGAAUUUUGUCCAGGUGCUAGACCUUAAUAAUAAAAUUGAGUUUUAAGUUAUAGUGAUUUUACUUGUUUCAUUUUUUUGAUUGGCUAAUUCUGUGAUUGAUUUUCCUCCCACAAAUGUAAAGGAAGGGAAAGUAAAUGCAUUGAAGAUUUUUUUUUUUUCAGGUAACAUUCUUUUUCUUGAUUCUGCUGUCUUUAACUUGUUUUUGACUCCUUAUCUCCAUCUUGAACAUUUUUUCCCCCUUUGCUCCCAAACACAGGUAUAUUACCUUCAGGAAGAACAACAUAUACAAAUUAUGAUGGGCUUCCACCGUUUAUGCUUCUUUACUAGUAGGGUUGAAUUACUUUUUUUUGCAACAGACUGAGAUACUUAAUUUGUAACAGUACUGCUGUGUCUCAGCUAGAAAGGUCAGGAAUUUUUAUUUUUAAUGUCCUACAUAUUCUUGAAAAUUGUUAUGCCUACCAAUGGAUAAGCCUUGGAGUUAAUUUUAAAAUCUUACAUUGGCAAAAUAAAAACUAGGUAAAAUUAUGACCAGGAAUCAUUGUUGCCUUCAGUUCUAAGAGUUAUUUUUUUUUUUAAGGGUGUGAAAAGAAGGAAGGAAGAAAAAACAAAGAAAUAGGGUUUUUAAAAAAAAAAAGAAAAUCGGGGAUUUUUAUGGUUGAAAGUGUUAAAACACGUCCCCUAUUCUGAGAACUCUACAUUAAAAGAGCCCACAAUUUUGGCAGCUCAAAAGUGGUCUGUAUUCUCAGAAAUGUAGGAUUACCACUACUGGCUCUUCUUUCCCAAAUGGAAACUUUAGAUUUUCAUUGGUAAUUACAGAUUGCACAGCUUUUCAAGUUUAAUGAAAAAUUUGCAUAUAUUAUGAAAAUGUGUACUUGGUUUGUUUAUUCCCCAAAUCUUGUCAAUACAGGUAGCUAAAGAGUAUUGAACAUAAAGUGAUAUAAACAAAGGCCUUUUUUUCUUUCAUUGAGGCUCUACAUUUUUCUUGAUAGACAGCUUAAGGAUUUUUAGCUUACGGAUCUGUUUUAGGAAACUAAGCCGCAAGGUAUAAUUGUAUAUAGUGUUAUUUAGUUUUAUUUAAAAUUCAUCAGAGAGGGAUACCCGAAUGUGUAAGUUUUACCAGAAUAUAUGGAAAACAUUGCAAAGAGAUGAAAGCCAGUUACAUUAUCCCAUCCAUUAGGGAUUGCCAGUGAAACUAAACAAAAAAUUCCAGUUUAGAAUACUUAAGUAUAGCUAUCUUUGUUAGGGCCCAAGAGGGUAACUUUGUGAUAUUUAAAGGGCUUAAAUUUUAGGAUGCAGGAUAAAUUGCCUUUUUAACAAGUAUUUUAUACAAGAAAAGCAUUUAUUUUACAUUUUUAUGCUACCAAAUAGAUGAGAUACACUUUAGAAAUGAGUAAAGAUGCUCGCUGUGAUACUGGAUGUUACAGCUCCUACGGUCGUUCUUUCCAUUUUUAAGGGUGUGUUCUAACAAGGAGGCGUCUAGUGUGACCAUGAUUGUAAUAAUUCAGAAACAAAAGGAUUUAUACUGGGGGGGUUAUGUGAAGUUUUUAGAAAUGGAUACAGAUGGAGAUUAUCAUCCACAAAUACAUUUAAAUGAAUUUCUCUUACUUGGAAUUUCAAGUAAUCAUCUUAAUUUGUGUUUCACAUAAUUAGUUGCACAUUAAGUUACACUGCAGUUUUUAAAGUUCUCGAUUUCAGUGAGACAAAGUGUACUAAAAUGUUUAAAUAGCCUCAUUCAGUCUUAUAUUUUAGCCUUUCAGCAACCAUUCUGGGUUAAGUAAUUUGGAUCCAUGAUAUGACACAUGCCCUUUGAUUUUAAAAACAAACAGAAAAACGUGUUUUGUUAAAAUAUUUUAUCAAAUGGAAUGGACUAGUCAGCAUGUCUAAUGCAGUAUCAUUGGUAGCUCUGUUACCUUCUGACUACUGAGCCAGACUCUCCCCAUUGUAUAAACGAGUCCCUGGGAACCUUUGGAAGCUGUAUUAACUCUUUCAGUCUUUUAUUUGAUCUUCUAUUUUAUUUUUGUAUUCAGUCUAGAUAGAGGCCAAUUAUCUUGGUUAGCGGCUUUUAUUUUGAAGAUUCUCAGAUCAUCUUUAGUCUCUUAGUUUUGUAGUCCCUAAAUAAAAAUUAUAAGGUAAUAACAACUCUGUACUGUACCACAUGGAGAAAAACAUUGUUAUUGCUUGAUGAAUCAACAGUCCUGAAAUUGUAAUAUCUUAACAGAAGGGAGUUUGAGGUUUGUUGAAUUGACGAAGAGAAUUAGAAGCUUUCAUGUGGCACUUAUCCUAUUUUCACUCAUCUGUAAAAUGAGAAGCUAUAACUCUGAAAUAUACAUCCAAGUGAGGGAGAAUAGUUUUCUAGAUAUUAAUAUUAAUGGCAAGGGGAGUGACUGGUAAAGUUUGCAUUUGGAAGCAACCCAAAGUUGUUAAAAGGUAAUAAAUAUGAUUUUCACUGUAAGUUAUUGACAUAAGAUGCUUUAUUUAUAAUAUAUACAGAUUUUAAAAGUAACUGGAAGAAGAGUGUAUAGAAACUAGAUUUUUCUUAAGCAGUGGAACAAAAUUGGGGAGAGUUCUAUUAUAGUAAACACAUCUAUGAGGAAUAUUUAUAGCUAAGCAUACUCCUUUAGCUUUAAACUAAAAUCUCAAAAUUUAAACUUGUUUUUUAUUUUGCUUAUACCCACUUUUUUAGUGUCAUUUUACUUGACUGAAUGUGGUGAUACAGGCUGUUUUUAUUUGGAAAGCCCUUAGCAAGCUGAAUUUGCCAAAAGCAAUAAUGGUUAAGAUUAAACAAUGAAGUGGAAUUGAAUGAAUUUCCAGGUUCAACUAAGGAACAGACAUUUUGUGGAUAUUUUAUUCUUAGAUUAUAAAGGCUGAAAUUUAUUAAUGGAGGAGUUAAGGUUAUAUCAGAAUAUGGGAUAUAGACUCUUAGUGACAUCCUAGUUGUACUUUUUUUUUUAACCUCAUACUAAACUAAUACAGUUAGAUAUAUCCACUACAUUGUAGUGAUUAUGUUUUUAUGAUAGAAAAAAACAGUUCCAGGUCUUUACAAGUAGUCUCUGCAGAGAUGUCAGGCAGUGCUAUGUAUGGACUCUCAGUUUGGCGGUAUCCAAAAUACAAAACUGCCUUAAAGUGCUCGUGCUACUUGAAGCAAAUUUCCUCUGUGCAGGCCCCAUGCCAGUUACAACUAAUACCAAGGUUCCUGUGUACAUAAUAGUUUACAAAGAAUUUAAAAGUUGAGACCAUUGACUGAAAACAGAAACUUUUUUUUAUAUGUUUUUAACUUUAAAAAUUUUAAUUUCAGUUUGAAGUGCCUGGUUUAUAAAAUCUAAUUCUUUGAUUAUUGCCUUUCUAUUUUAAAUUGACUGAUUUUGCUAAGUAAGCUUAAAGCCCUGGAUUCAAUUGUGAUGAUUUAUUGACAAAAUCGCUGCUUGAUUGUUUGAGGGGCUAGUGUCAUGACUUUCAUUACAUUAUCCUUGUUUUUCCAAAUGCUGGUCUAACUAUAUCCAGAUUUCGUAAUCCAGUUAAACAAGCUAAAAAAUCAUCCUGUAAUUGUAUGUUCAGGUUACCAAAGUACAUCACCUUCUAAGGAAAGAUAAAUCUUCCCUGCUUUAAGAGGAGCCAGUCAACUCCCUUUAACACAUGUUUCCAGUGGCAUUAGUGGAAGCUGUGUUCAUUUAGAGGUGGGAAGCCUUUCAUGCAGUUCCUAGAAACAUCUGUUUUCUAGAGAGAACCUUUUCUAUGAUUAGAUUAUAAAUGUGUUUUUCUCUAAAAGCUUUGCUUUAUUUCAGUUAUCAAUUUAAUUUUCAAGUUGAUAGAAGCUAUGUAAGGUCUCUCAUACUGAGAGUCCAUUAAAUUACUGAAAGUCGCACUGCUUUUCAUCUUUCAGGUGCCUGAAAUGAACGCCACCAGGUAUUUGGAAGGAGUAAGAUCAUAAACUGUAUUCAUUUUCUUCCUUAUACAAAGUGAUGGCUUCUAAUGCAUAUAUUUCAAGAUAAAAAGAAAAAAAAAACGCCCUUAAUAGAGCGAAAUUUGGUUUUGAUCCAAGUCCCAAUAAUAUAUUUGAUUUUUCUGUUGUUACUGGUGCCUCCUGUUGCAUCAGAUAGUGAUUGCCUGCCUCUUUAUAGGGCACCCUUGUGGCACCUUAUGUCCAAUUGGAAGAUAGUGUAUGGCUUCUUUGUGCCUCUACUAUCUUUUCAAAAGCCAUUUUAUAAAAAUCCUAGGUAGCCUAUUUUAAUAUUUAAAUAUAUAUAUUUGUGAGAUACUUUUAGAACAGACCUUUUUUUUUUUUUUUACUUUGAAAUUCCUGUAUUCUCAUUUUUAAGAGUAAAUUAAAAUUUUCCAGGAUUAGGACUUGUCUUUUUCCACAGCAACAUAAUGAGAAAGAUUGAAAUUGAAAUUGACCAUACUUCAGUGAUAGAAGAAAUUGAUGUCUGGUUACAGGAGACAGAUCCGAAGGAAAAAAUAGUUUUGAUGUCACAGAAAUGAAUUUUUAAAUGAAAUUGUGGUUUUGUUUCUGUAAUUUCAUAUUUGCUGCUAUAGUAGCUCAGUAAUUUACAGAGCUAACAUACAAAUCUGGCUCCAUUUAAAAACUGGAGUACUUUCUAGUACAACCAGCCUGGGAGGAAACUGCACAUCACAGUUUUCCAGAUGGGUGACUGACUGCUUUGUUUAGCCAGUGCAUGCUUAAUAUUUUCCUAUAGGCCAGCAUCAAGAAAUCUGGGGGAAACUUUUUUUUACCUUGUAGCAUUAUGAUUCUUUUUGGUCACUGGCGUUUUAUGAAACCGUUGGGGGAGGGUAAUGCUGGGGCAGAAAUGUGAAUUAAAAGUAUAUGGAUGGGUGUUUUUAUGUCUUCUACCCUCUCCUAAAACCAGUACAACUCCCUUAACUGCCAGUCCCCAGCUCACCAGCUUUGUAUCCAGUUGUCAUCUCAUUUAAAUAUGGCUUUACUUGGUGUCAGUGGCCAUAGCUAAGUUACUUGGCAUGUUUGACUUUCAACAAUAAUGAAAAUGGUUUUGGAUUUUGUUUUAUUUCCUAAAAAAUGUAUACAAUGUCAGAACUUCACAUUUUAUAUACUAGUAUCUGGCUAUUAGUAUUUUACAGGAACCAUAGUUCUUGGUGACUUCAUAUAUAUAUAUAUAUAUAUAUACAUAUAUAUAUAUUUUUGUGACUUUUUUGUAAACUAAGUGCCGUUUCAACGUUAACAAUCAUUUUUAGAGUUAUUGUAAUCAAUGUGAAUAUCAUGUUUUUUCAAAUCUGUUCUGAGCCUAUAGUGUUUGCUUUGUGAACAUAUGUGUAUUGUAUAUAUUCUGUAUAGUUACAUUGUACUGAAAUAUUAGCUUGUUUGAUAUAAGGAAAGUAUGUAUUGAGUACCUUUUUGCUAGCCUGGUUGUUUAAUCUUUUUAAAAAAGGUUUAAACUUUUUAAAAAAAAAAUCUUUAAACUGGCCUUUAUUACAUGGUCACAAAGUUGCAGUUAGAAGGGAUGGGCAGGGAAAAACUAGUUUUGAGUGUCUUUGAAUAGAAACAUAAUACUAAGAUUUUUUUUCUCAUUAAAAGAUCUUAUUAAUGCUUUA